CGGCCGCUCCUUUCGUUUUUCUCCCCCCCCCCCCCCCGCCCCCAUCAGCCCAGCUCCGUACUGCGCGCGCCCCGCAGGCCGCUUCCCCUCCCGCUCCGCCCCCGCCGGCCAGCGCUCUGCCAGGUUGGGGAAGGGGGUGGGGGCUCGUAGGCCACCAUCUUUGAGGGAAGCCUGCGACCUAGAUGGAGAGGUGCCGUUGCCGUGCUCAGGUCGACCGCGUCCAUGAGCUCUAAUGGGAUCAGCUCUGGAGCGGCUGGGUAAAGGGAGUCACUGCAGUGGUGUUCCCCUGCAGCACAAAGGGGGAAAUGCUUCAAAGACCAUCAGAAGAUUUUUUUCCAAAGAUGGAAAGUUCAGUUGAAGAUAUGGAUACUUCUGAUACCCAGUGGGGCUGGUUUUAUUUGGCUGAGUGUGGUAAAUGGCAUAUGUUUCAGACUGAUUCAAAUAGCCAUUGCUCUGUCAGCAGUGAAGAUAUCGAAAGGAGCUUCCGAACAAACCCACAUGGUUCUGUUUCUUUUACUACUGCAAAAUUUAACUACAAGCUAGACUUUUCAGUGAUGAAACAAACCAACCUAACUACCCUUAAGCAACGUCCAAUAAAGCGAGCUCCCUUUUCUAUCAGUGCUUUCAGUUUCAUCUGUGAAAAUGAGGCUAUCCCUAUGCCUUCACACUGGGAGAAUGUAAAUACUGAGGAGCCAUACCAGCUUAUUACAUUGCAAAAGAAAACAAAUGAAUAUAAUGAAGUUUCUAGUCUCUUUGGAAAAACAAUGGAUAGCCACCGAAUUAAAAGAAUUAAGAGAAUACAAAAUCUAGACUUGUGGGAGUUUUUUUGCAGGAAAAAAGCUCAACUAAAGAAGAAGAGAGGUGUCCCAACUAUUAAUGAACAGAUGUUAUUUCAUGGUACCAGUAAUGAAUUUGUAGAAGCAAUAUGUAUUCAUAACUUUGACUGGAGAAUAAAUGGCAUGCAUGCUGCUGUAUAUGGAAAAGGGACCUAUUUUGCAAGAGAUGCAUCAUAUUCCAGUCGUUUCUGCAAAGAGGACAUGAAGCAUGGAGAUACUUUUCAAAUUCAUGGUGUGAAUCUGCAGCCUCAUCUGCAUAGACCAGAUAAAGUCAUGUUUCUUGCUCGUGUAUUAACUGGUGACUAUAUCAACGGUGACUCAAAGUAUAUGAGGCCUCCUUCGAAAGAUGGAAGUUUUGUGAACUUGUAUGACAGCUGUGUGGAUAAUACCUGGAACCCAAAGAUCUUUGUUAUCUUUGAUGCUAACCAAAUCUACCCUGAGUACUUAAUAGAAUUUUGUUAAGUUUGAAAGGACUUGAACUGAAUAUUGUUUGUGUCUUUUUGAUACUUUUGUUCCUUUUGUAAAAACAACAACAUAAAAACAUGACGUGUGAAAUGAGAGAGGUGAAAGAAAAGCUAGCAUAUGUUUAUGGAGGAGGGAAACUAUUAAACACUUAAGAGAGAUUGUCAAAAUGUUUUUAAAAAUCUGUAAACUUUACUACUGCAUUUUUCAAAUGUAGAGACUAUUACAAAUUUGAAAUUCCUUAAUGAGCCUUAAAUACAUUAGGCAUUGGUAAGUUUUCAAAGUCAAGAUUUAUGUUCUAAUUUUUUUUAAUAUAUGACAAUUAUUUAUUCAUGUGGUAGAAACAUGCCUGUAAUAUAGUAUGUGUAUGAUGAAACUAAUCUUUUAUAAAGAUUGUCUGUAGAACAUAAAAAUAACAAAAAACAACACCAGAAACCCAGGCUACAUAUCUCUGUAUGUCUGUGUUCUGUAGUACGUGUUGCUUUCUGUUUGCUCUUAGUUUGGGUUCUAAACCUACAAAAAAAAAACAAAAAACAAGUCAUCUGGAGAAAACUGAUGAAGGAGCUAUAACGUUCACUAGAGCUGUUGUGUUUAACUUUAGGUACACUUUGCAAGUGUAUAAUUGGAGCUCACAGUAAAGAUUUAAUCACAUACUUGCAAGAUCACAAGACUCUUGCACUAGGAUUUGAACUUUGGUAUGACAGAAAUGAUGCUCUUGUGGUUGUUAGCUGUUUAGUGUGUAACUGUUGAGAUUAGUGUUGGGAUACCUGCAGUGCCAUAUGCCUUUCUGAGUUAUUAUUCUCUAAGAUUUUUGCCCUCUUGUUAUAGUAGGUGUGUGCAUGCACCCUGCGCUGCUGUGAUUCUUGCCUGGUCAGGGUUUAAGAAGCACUCAGUGCUAGUGUACUUGCUGUUACUGAAGACAAUGUUUAGAUUAACUUUACUGGAAAUAAUACGGUUAAACUAACAAUGAAAAUUUCAAAAGAUGCCAUCCUUUAAUUGUUAAACACUUUAAUAGAAAGUUUUCAAUAACACCUGAGUAGGUCAGGUUUUCAUAACUGGUAUAGUUGUAAAGUUAAAGAGUAUUUUUCAUGUGUAGGAAGGGAAAGAGACAAUAUGUGGGUAAAGAAUAAACUUGAGUACCUAAAUACAUAAAGAGCACAAAGAAGGGGCUGUUACAGUGAAAUGCACUGAAACGUUAAACAGUUUGCUAGAGAAUUGCAUCUAUAGUGUUUUUGUUUGUUAAAGGACCUAAGAGGCAGUAAGGGACAGUAAUACAAGGCUGAAGUGGAAGCCUUUGAGGCUGCUUCUUUGGCUAUGACCAGUAACAAAUCCUUGUAGAAAUAAUAUGUUAUUAUGGCAGAUGUAGAAUGAUCUGUAUUGGUCUGUCAUGGCAUUGUUAAUGGACUUUUUGGAAAAAAGGCUGUAUUUAAAAGGCACUGCAACUCACAUGACUUAGUCUGCUCAAAAUCACAUUAAACCUGUGGAACUGGAAGCAGAAUUUGACUACAUAUCUGACAUCAUAACUGAAGAUGCAAAUGUCACUUCCUUCUUCUUAGUGCUAUUAUCUUUGCCUGUCAAUGGAUCUUGCACAAAUUUGGUAUCUCUUUGCAUUUAUAAUUUCAUGGCAGCUUUUCCCUUUGCUUCUGUUCCUAAACUGUUCAGUGCUAAGAUGCAUUUCCCUUUACUUUAAUGCAACAGGAAGUAUGAUCUCUGAUCCCAGUUGGGAACUCUGGGUUCUACUGUUGUAGGCGUGAUUUGUGUUUGAUUCACCACUAUGCUAGCGGUGCAAAAGGCACAUUGUUCCCCACAUUGUAUAAAAUAUUUAAUAGCAAAUCACGGAGGGAAUGUGUGUAUUACUGACUCCUUUUUGUUCUUGUAGGGCAUUCUACAGAACAUACAUUUUAUGAAACUAACAGAUAUACAUGCUGUUCCUUUGAUUUGGUCUUUUAUUUCUUCCGAGGUCUGAACUGACAUUUUUAGUGAAGAAAGAUGAAGUUUCUUUUUUAGUGUCUCACGGACACAAAAUACCAUAAUCUAUACUGAUCUGAGUGAUUUUUCAUACUGUUUGGUGUCUUGUUUACUACUUAACUCACUUAAAAUGAAUGGCAGAAUCUUCAUCUUACCAAAUCACUGCAAAAUUGUAGUUUCAGCUCUUCUGUUAAAGUACUGUUCUGUUCUCUGGUGUCCAUUUUUGUGCUGAUGAAUCUUCACACUGAAGGUGUCUGUAAAGUAGCCAUCCUUUUGCCGGCAAGGGGAGAGAGACUAUUAUUGUAAGCGAAGUCCAGAAGUCUACAAGUAGCCAAUACAAGAAAUAGUUGAGCUUAAUAAAAGAACAAUGAGAGGGGAAGGGAGGAACAUAAUUCCUUGGACUAUGGAGCAUUAAAGAAAUGAAGAGGGAUUUGGUCUGAUUCUGGGGAAGGAAACCUAUUUUCUGUUACUAUUUCAUGUAGUGAAACUUUAUGCUCCAUUUUCUUUCUACACCUGUGCAAGAGAGCUUGUCAUUCUUGAUCUGAGGUAAAGCUUUCUUAGUAAAUUUUAGUUGUGGCAGAAUGUUUUCUCAUGAGCACAACGCCGCAGUAUGAACUGAUCUUCUGUAUCAUACUGGCUUCUUAUGCCAGCUUUGCUUUUUAGAAUGGGUGUGUACUCAAUUAUUGCUGAACAGAUCUCAUUUCAUCCAACGUAGUUUGGGAGAGUGUCUGUCUU